ACCAACAUGCGUGACAAUGAGUGUAUUUAAAGUACUGUAAACCUUAUAUAUUGACGACUUACACACACAUUGAUUACAUUUAUUGAGGCUUACUUCAGAUAGGAACUAGUCCGAAGUGGUACUUGUUUACUGUUUUACUUCCAAAGCUACUGUUAACUGCUAAGUACUGUUGAAGAACAAAUCAUUUUUUCGGAUCGAUUUACUGCAUUUUCAGGAGGAAGUCAUCUGAAGAAGAAUAAGGAAAAGUAAAAAUGGCUCUAAGAAAACAAAAGAAAUAUGACUGGAAAGAUUCGAACCUGGCACUGUUCGGGUCGGACACUGAACGACAGGUCAAAAAGGAAUCAGCUCAAACCGAGCCUGCCUGGAAAAAUGUGGGACAAAAAUGUGGGCUUCAGAUCUGGAGAAUUGUGAAAUUCAAGGUCACAUCAUGGCCGAAAGAGGACUAUGGAAAAUUCUAUGACGGGGACUCGUAUAUUGUACUCAACACAUACAAAGAGGAGGGUACAGAAGUACUUCUAUACGACGUCCAUUUCUGGAUCGGACAAUACAGUACCCAGGACGAAUACGGUACCGCAGCUUACAAGACCGUCGAACUCGACACAUACCUUGACGAUGUCCCAAUACAACACCGUGAAGUCCAGAACCAUGAGUCCGAGCUGUUCCGAAGUUACUUCAAAACUAUCACGAUCUUGAAGGGUGGCGCAGACAGUGGAUUUAGGCAAGUAAAACCAACAGAGUAUGAACCCCGCCUUCUUCAUUUCCAUGGUGACCGCUAUGGUGUGAAAGUAUCUCAGAUAGAGAGGAACAAGGGUAAUUUGGACAACACAGAUGUAUAUAUACUGGACCUUGGCUUGAAACUCUAUCAGUGGAAUGGGUCAGGGGCAAAUAAAGACGAAAAACAUAAGGCAAUGCAGUACCUGUUAGCAUUAAAAGACGAACGAGGCGGCAAAUGUAAAACGGAAACAUUGGAUGAAGACCCUAAUGACCUUGAUAACGAGUUUUAUGAUGCUUUGACUGAAGAUAAGGGUGAUCUGGAGGAGGAAUCCGGGCCUGCCGAUAAAACCACAGAGCUUUACAGAUUGUCAGACGCUUCCGGAAAAAUGAAAAUGACCAAAGAAAAAAGUGGAAAAAUUGAAAAGAAAGAUUUUGACAGCAAUGAUGUAUUUAUUCUGGAUACGAAGGAAUCAGUUUUUGUUUGGAUUGGACUUAAAACGUCAACAAUGGAGAAAAGGAACGCCAUGACAUAUGCACACAAUUACCUGAAAGAUACAGACCAUCCUCUUGUUCCAGUUUGCUGCCUUGGAGAACAGAAAAGUUCCAGAGCAUUUGACCUUGCCCUUGCUGCCUAAAUACGCUAACAAUUUCACUCAUUUCCUUACUCAAUAUAUUCUACACGGAAGUAUGAAAGCUUGUAUAAGUACGAGGAAUGUUUUUGGCCAUGCUUAAUUAGUAUUGUUGCCUAAAAACGCUGACAAUUUCACUCAUUUCCUCUUUUCCUUACUCAAUAUACUCUCUACCCGGAAGUAUGAAAGCUUGUAUAAGUUCGAGGAAUAUUUUUGGCCAUGCUUGAUUAGUAUUGUUGUAUGUUCUAUGGAAGUGGCCAAAGAAUGGACAAAAUUGAUGAAAGAUGAUAUCUAUUUUUGUUUAUAUGUUAAACUGCCAGAGUUUAAAGACUAUUUUUUUUAUUUGGAAUUAAUAUUGUAAGUUUGUUAAAGCACUUCCUGUUGUGUAAACUCACUUCCGGAACUGCAUAUUAUGUAUAAAUAUCCUUUAACAUGUUAUUAAAAUCUUUAAAUACUA